CAUAAAAAAUGUUUUUCACCCAAAAUAUCAUCUGUCAUCAUUGCUAGUGAAAUAGACAAUUUUUCAUUGAAAGUGUUUUGGUCAAAUUCUAAAAUUUCAAGAUGGCGGACGAAGGUUCCGAACAAGAUGAUAUUUCAUUCUUACGAACGGAUGAUAUGGUAUGUUUACAACAUGGUGCCACAAAUAACCGUGUUUGUUUGGCUGCUGAAGGUUUUGGUAAUCGUCAUUGUUAUUUGGAAAAUAUUGCCGAUAAAAACCAACCACCUGAAAUAUCAUCAUGUGUUUUUGUCAUCGAACAAGCAUUGUCAGUUCGUGCAUUACAAGAAAUGGUUACCGCAGAACAAGCAGAAAAUCAAAACAAUGAUAAUGAAGGCAGCGGAAGCGGCAGCAGCAGUGGUAAAUCUAAUGCUGCAGGUGGCCAUCGAACUCUGCUUUAUGGUCAUGCAGUCCUUUUGCGUCAUGGUCAUUCAAAUAUGUAUCUGGCAUGUUUAUCAACAAGUUCAUCCAAAGAUAAAUUAUCAUUCGAUGUUGGCUUGCGAGAAAAUUCUCAAGGUGAAGCAUGUUGGUGGACAAUUCAUCCUGCAUCGAAACAACGAUCCGAAGGUGAAAAAGUUCGUGUUGGUGAUGAUUUGAUUUUGGUUUCCGUUGCAACUGAACGUUAUCUGCAUACCGCAUUGGAAGCUGGAAGUUAUGUUGUAAACGCUUCGUUUCAUCAAACACAUUGGUCUAUUGCACCAUUCGGAACCGGUACAUCACGUGCUAAAAAUGUUGGAUUUGUCUUCGGCGGUGAAGUCCUACGUUUUUUCCAUGGUGGUGAUGAAUGUCUGACUGUGCCGACAAAUUGGUCAUCCGAUUCUGCUGGUGGUGGCGGUGAACAAAAUACGGUUGUUUAUGAAGGUGGCGCUGUAUUUAACCAGGCACGAAGUUUAUGGCGUUUAGAUUUAGCCCGUACGAAAUGGUCUGGUGGAUUUAUCAACUGGGGUCAUCCAUUGCGUAUACAUCAUAUUACAACCGGUCGUUAUUUGGGUAUUAAUGAUGCCAAUGAUAUUUGUUUACUGUCACGAGAAGAAGCAACCAUAGAACGGGCAGCAUUCUGUCUAAAACCAAAUAAAGAAAAAAAUAAAGAUGAUAAACGUGAUUUAGAUGAAAAAGAUGAAGAAAUCAUAGGGUUACCAUUGAUAAAAUUUGGUGAUACUACCGUAUAUGUACAACAUUGCGAAACUGGCCUAUGGUUAUCAUAUAAAACAUAUGAAACAAAAAAACGAGGUGUUGGUAAAGUCGAGGAAAAGCAGGCAAUCAUGUCCGAAGAAGGUAAAAUGGAUGAUGGACUGGAAUUCUCUCGGUCGCAAGAAGAAGAAGGAAAAACUGCACGGGUCAUUCGCAAAUGUGAACAACAAUUUAACCGGUUUGUUUGGAUUCUGAAUUCAUUACAUUCAUCGAGAACGACACAACGUGGACAUCGUCUUUCACGAAUGAUUAUGUGUUUGGAAGAUCUGAUAAAUUAUUUUGCACAACCAGAUGCCGAAUGUGAUCAUGAAGAACGACAAAAUCGCCUGAAAGCACUGCGUAAUCGUCAGGAUCUUUUCCAAGAGGAAGGAAUUCUCAAUCUGAUCCUGGAAGCUGUUGAUAAAAUGAAUAUUAUAACAACGCAAGGUUUACUAACCGCUCUGCUUGGUGAUGAAAGUAAUUCGAAUUGGGAUACCAUUACAAAUUAUCUUUAUCAAUUGCUGGCUGCAAUCAUAAAAGGUAAUCAUACUAAUUGUGCUCAUUUUGCACAAUCACAUCGUUUAGAUUGGCUGUUUGCAUCACUUUCAUCACAACAAGCAAGUGAAGGAACCGGAAUGCUCGAUGUUUUACACUGCGUCCUAAUUGAUUCACCCGAAGCAUUGAAUAUGAUGCAAGAAAAUCAUAUCAAAGUUAUUAUAUCGUUAUUGGAAAAACAUGGUCGUGAUCCUAAAGUUCUGGAUGUUCUUUGCUCACUUUGUGUUGGUAAUGGUGUUGCAGUUCGAUCAUCACAGAAUAAUAUUUGCGAUAAUUUAUUGCCAAGUAAAAAUCUUCUUUUACAAACCAAACUGAUUGAUCGUGUGGCCUCAAUGCGACCAAAUUUCUAUGUUGGCAAGGUGGAAAAUUCAGCAAUGUAUCGUAAAUGGUAUUUCGAAGUUAUAAUCGAUCAUAUUGAAAUGGUUACACAUUUGGAACCACAUUUUCGUUGUGGUUGGGCAAACACCCAGGGUUAUGUUCCAUAUCCAAGUGGUGGUUGUAAGUGGGGUGGUAAUGGUGUUGGUGAUGAUCUUUAUUCAUAUGGAUUCGAUGGCCAAUAUAUUUGGACUUGUGGCCGAGCAAAUUUGGUCAGGAAUAUUCCCACGGGAAAUGUUCCCGGAGGAACGAUGACUGAGCAAUUUCCCGUGCAGAAAAAUACAGUUAUCGGUUGUAUUUUAGACCUGAAUAUCCCGUUGAUAACGUUUACUGUGAAUGGGAUUCCGAUUCGCGGUUGUUUCAAAAAUUUCAACACUGAUGGCAUGUUUUAUCCGGUCAUAAGUUUCGGUGCGAAAUAUUCGUGCCGGUUUUUAUUCGGUGGUGAUCAUGGCCGAUUGCGAUUCGGGCCACCACAAGGACAUUCACCAAUCAUACAGACAUUAUUGCCUGCACAAGAAUUGAACAUAGAACCUUGCUUUCAAUUUGGAGAUUUGGUUAAAGGAAUUAUUUAUGGGCCAAACGUUGAACUAUACGAUGAUGCAGCAUUUGUCCCUAGACCAGUGGAAACGAAUGAAAUAAGUUUGCCUUCAUAUAUUGAAUCAGUUCGGGAUAAAUUGGCGGAAAAUACUCAUGAAGUAUGGUCAAUGAAUAAAAUUGAACAAGGUUGGAUUUAUUCCGAACAACGUGAUGAUAUUGCUCGCACACAUCCAUGUUUGACAUCAUUCGAACGAUUGCCAUUGAAUGAAAAGAAAUACGACACAACUUUAGCUUUACAAACAUUGAAAACAAUCCUAGCGAUUGGUUAUCGUAUUACAGUGGAUAAAACACCGGCACGUAUUAAAUCCAUACGUUUGCCUAAUGAUCCAUAUUUGCAAUCGAAUGGUUAUAAGCCAGCACCAAUGGAUCUAUCACAAAUUGAAUUGAAUGCAAAAAUGAUCGAAUUGGUUGAUCUGUUGGCGGAAAAUACACAUAACGUAUGGGCAAGAGAAAGAAUUGCACAAGGUUGGACUUAUGGCCGACUAGAAGAUCAUCUAAUGCGUCGUAGUCCGCAUUUAGUUCCUUACCGGUUGGUUGAUGAUGUAAUCAAAAAAGCGAAUCGUGAUACAGCAACUGAAACAGUAAAAACAUUACUGGCAUAUGGCUAUAAUCUAGAACCGCCAAGUGGUGAUUCUGCAGCCGAAUCAGUAGCAAAUAUUUUUGGUCGAAAAGAUUCAUCAACAAAAAAUCGUCAAUAUGAUUUUCGUUCAUAUCGAGCAGAGAAAACUUAUUCCGUUCAUAAUGGAAAAUGGUAUUAUGAAGUAGAAAUUCUUACCGAAGGUCCAAUACGAUUGGGUUGGGCACGAACAUCAUUUUCGCCAAAUUUCGAACUUGGUAAUGAUGAUUGUUCAUUUGGUUAUGAUUGUUUGCGUGCCAAAAAAUGUUAUGCAAAUAGUAAUGAAACAUUUGGAAAACCAGUACAAGUUGGUGAUGUUGUUGGUUGUAUGCUCGAUCUGAAUGAUCGAAUCAUAUCAUUCAGUUUGAAUGGGGAACUGUUGUUGGAUUCAUUAGGCAGUGAAGCUGCAUUCAGCUCAGAAUUAUCAUCGACUAUUUCCACUGCUGAUGGUGGUGGUGGUUUUGUUCCGGCAUUUACUCUUGGUGUUCACCAGAAGAUUCGUCUGAUUUGUGGCCAAGAUGUAAAUCAACUGAAAUUUUUCACUCAAUGUGGACUGCAAGAAGGUUAUCAACCAUUUUGUGUUAAUAUGAAUCGUUCGAUGACUUUUUGGUACAAUAAAGAUGAACCAAUAUUUGGUGAUCUGGAUGAUAAUUCUAAUAUUGAAGUUAUACGAAUACCAUCAGGUUCAGAUUCCUCACCUGCAUUGAAAUUAUCACAUAAACUAUUCGAAACACAAGAAAAAGCAAGUUGGGAAUUUUUACGAUUAUCAUUACCUGUCCAGAUUAAUGAUUUUCUUAUCGAUGAUUUGGAAAAAUCUUCCAGAUGGGAUGAAAUCCGACGCCGAAUUCAACGUAAUCGUAGUGCAGAAUUUAUGCAUCCUGCUCGUUUGGAACAACAUAUGUUAAAAUCUGGCUUCUCAAUUUCCGAUGUCAAAGAAUUAAAUCGAGCAUAUUCAGAUACUACUGCUGCUGCGGCUCAAUCACAAAUGUCAUGGAUGAAACGCAAACAAAGUGCAUUGGUCAAAACAAAAUCAUUUGAAAAUGAACUGAAAGUACCAACCGUACAUGAAGCACAGGUUAUGAUGGCAACAAUGACAACAAACGCAUCGGCUAGAUCAAAACGAUCAACAAGUGUUGAAGCACUGAAUCGUGCUGCGAAUAAAUCACAACAACAUUCGACGGAAAUUGUUGAUCCGAAAAUUCGUAGUAAAUCGCCGUUUCGAUUUUUACGUUAUGGCAAUAGGAAACCGGAAGAUAAGCAAGAACAAGAACGUCGUCAACAACAACAACAACAACAUCAACAACAAAGACGACAAGCUGGACGUGCACAAGAAAUCGGUACCGGAUUGCUACAAGCAGGCAUACCGCAAAUCGAUGUUAGUAAUGCAUCAUUUCGUGGUCUGCAACCACCAUUUCCAACAAGCACGAUUGGUCGUCGUCGAUCUACAAUUGCAGCUCCUGCAGGUGCAACUGGAGCUAUUUCGGCUCGACGUGGUUCACGAGUUAAAAUGGAAACCGAAACAUUACCCGAUGAAACGAAUGAUUUGUUGGACAAUACAGUUUUGGAUUUGAUUGAUGAAUAUUUUUACGGUGUCCGUGUAUUUCCUGGCCAGGAUCCAAAUCAUGUUUGGAUCGGAUGGGUCACACCAAAUUUCAAGCAUUUCGAAACAAAAACAUUCGAUUCUUCUGGCAUUCGUAAAGUAACAUUACAGGUUUGGUCUGAAACUGGUCAGCUUUCCGAUUAUUUUGAUCGACAAAAUUGCUAUAUGUUGAAUGCCGGCAAAAUGUAUGCAGAAGUUCAUGAAGAUGAACAACAACAAGGAUCAACUUCACGAUCGAAUCAAGGAAUGUUUAUUGGUUGUCAUGUUGAUACGGCUACUGGUUGCUUAACAUUCACAGCUGAUGGCCGAUCAUUACGACAUAAAUUUCGCAUCGAACCGGGUAUUAAACUGUUUCCGGCCAUUAUUUUCGAAGCAACAUCAAAAGAAUGUCUUCAAUUCGAAUUGGGUCGUACACCAACAACGUUACCGUUAUCAUCGGCUAUAUUGAAAACUAGCCGUAAACAUUUGGCACCACAAUGUCCACCACGACUUCGUGUACAAUAUCUUCAAUCUUAUCAAUGGUCACGAGUACCGAAUCAAUCGCUUCGACCCCAUUCAUUAAAAUUAUCCGACAUACGUGGUUGGUCAAUGUUAUGUGAAGAUCCUGUAUCGCAAUUAGUUAUUCACGUUCCGGAAGAAGAUCGUUGCAUUGAUAUUUUAGAACUGAUCGAAAAUGAACGAUUUCUACAAUUUCAUUCACAUACACUUGCAUUAUAUGGUGCGCUUUGUUUUCAAGGUAAUAAUCGUGCUGCACAUAUUAUAUGCGAUCAUGUUGAUGCCAAGCAACUCAUGUUUGCAAUCAAAUCCGAAUAUAUGUCCGGUCCAUUGCGUACUGGUUUUGCUGACCUUUUGAUUGAUUUACAUUUUGAAAUCCAUGCAAAUGCAAGAAAUCUUACCCAAAAUGAAUUCAUUCUGCCGGUUAGUGAUAAUCUUCGACGUUUAUACGCAAUUGGUGAUGAUCGUAUGAUACAUUCAUUGUCAUCAUUGAAAUCUGUAUCGAUACGGCCAAAAAUGUCAAUGAAUGAACCGAAUCAGAAAAAUUAUUCAAUUCGUGAUAUGGCCAGUCCGUUUUUCCCCGUAGACGUUCUGAAACAAUUUGUAAUGGAAGCAUUGGAUGAUGCAGUACGCAAAGGAAAUCGACCGAAUCGAGAUCCAAUUGGUGGUUCGAAUGAAAAUCUCUUCGUUCCGCUAAUCAAAUUGGCGGAUAAACUCCUGCUGAUUGGUUGCAUUGAUGAUCAAGAUUUAGAACGAAUUUUGAUCCUAAUCGAUCCGGAAACAUUCGAUCCUGAUUAUGAUUUUGAAAGUAUUCCACGAAUGAAAGGUCUGAUCCAAAUGAGUUUGGAUGAAGGUGUCCAACUACAAAUGACAUUGAUUCUUCAUCAUCUGAUGGAUCUACAAUUACGUCAUCGUGUUGAAGCAAUUAUUGCAUUUAGCUCGACAUAUGUCAAAGAUUUACAAGCAGAUCAACUCAGGCGUUAUAUUGAAAUCAAACAAGAAGAUAUGCCAGCCGCUGUUGCUGCGAAAAAAACCCGUGAAUUUCGUUGUCAACCACAAGAACAAAUGCGAACAAUUCUUGCGUUUAAUCAUCCGGAUAAUGAAGAAAACCAGGAUUUAUGUCCAACACGUGAUGAAUUGAAAGAAAUUCUGACAAUUUUUCAUGAAAAAAUUAUCCAUAAAAUCAAUGUUAUCCGUCAUUGUCAGGAUGAUGCGGAGACGGAAAAUGAUUCUGAUUCUGGUAUCGAUGAUUCUAUGAUGGGCCAUCAUUCAUCACGAUCCUGGUCAAAUAAAUUAUUCAAUUUAGUUGAUAAUGUUAAAUCAUCAUUCGGCAAAAAACGUGAAAGUAGUGGAGGCCAAAAAUCAAAAGAACCACCCGAAGAUAUCCUUGUUCGGAAAAUUGUUACGACAAUCAUUCAUUGGGCUGAAGAUACUGAAUUGGAGAAUAAUGAAUUGAUUAGACAAAUGUUUUACUUACUACUUCGUUGUUAUAAUGGUGUGGGAACGCUAAUGGAAGCUCUAAGCAAUACUUAUGUUAUGAGUGAUCAAUCUAAAGCUGAUGUUGAAGAUUUAUUGCGUCACUUGAAUGUUGUUCGUGCAUUACUGCCCGUACAAAUGGGUCCGGAAGAAGAAGAAGUUAUGCGACAAUCAUUGUGGACUAUGGUUAAUAACAAGAUUUUCUUUCAACAUCCAGACUUGAUUCGCAUAUUACGUGUUCAUGAAAAUGUUAUGGAUGUUAUGAUGAAUACGCUGAAAAAACAACAAAAAUCCGAUGAUUCACAAUCAUCGUUAUCGGCUGCAGCUAUUGCUGCAUCAAAUCGCUCGGAUUCAAUAUCCGAAAUGGUUGUUGCUUGUUGUCGUUUUCUUUGCUUUUUUUGCCGGUCCGGGAGGAAAAAUCAGAAAGCCAUGUUUGAUCAUCUGGAUUUUCUGUUGGAACAUUCAAAUAUUUUACUUUCACGACCAUCACUUCGCGGAACUACACCGUUAGAUGUAGCUUAUUCAUCGUUGAUGGAAAAUCCUGAACUUGCAUUGGCAUUGCGUGAAAAUUAUUUGGAAAAAAUUGCAAUUUACCUGUCCCGUUGCGGUCUGCAAUCAAAUCAAGAAUUAAUUGAUAAAGGUUACCCGGAUGUGGGAUGGGAUCCAGUUGAAGGUGAACGUUACCUGGAUUUUCUGCGUUUCUGUGUCUGGGUUAAUGGAGAAUCAGUAGAAGAGAAUGCAAAUCUUGUCAUACGGCUAUUGAUUCGAAGACCUGAAUGUCUUGGGCCAGCAUUACGUGGUGAAGGACAAGGUUUGCUAGCUGCCAUUAAAGAAGCAAUAAUAAUGUCCGAAAGAAUUGCCAAAGAGCGUCAACAACAACGACAAGGGCAACAAUCACAAAUGAAAGAAAUGGAACAACAGGACCAGGAUGAUGAACAGGAUGAAGAUUAUAUCGAUAUGGGAUCAGCUAUAUUGAAUUUUUAUUGUACACUGGUCGAUGUUCUUGGUCGUUGUGCACCAGAAGCGGCAACAAUCGCCCAGGGCAAAAAUGAAUGUCUUCGUACACGUGCCAUUCUACGUUCAUUGGUGCCGAUUGAAGAUUUGGAAGGUGUUUUGUCGUUGAGAUUUACGUUGACUGCAAACAGCAACAAUGCAGAGGGAAAAUCUGAUAUGCCAAAUAGUUUGCUACCAUCACAUAAACAAUCGAUUGUUUUGUUCCUUGAACGUGUAUACGGUAUCGAUAGUCAAGAAUCAUUUUUCCGAUUAUUAGAAGAAGCUUUUUUGCCGGAUCUUCGCGCUGCAACAAUGUUUGAAACUGGCAGUGAUUCUGCUAGCGGUAAUGAUAGUGAAAUGUCAUUAGCAUUGAAUCGUUAUCUUGGUAAUGCUGUACUACCAUUGCUAAUCAAAUACCAUUAUUAUUUUGCCGAUGCGGAUAAUUGGUCUAAUUUAUUGGAUGCUUCACUCCACACUGUAUAUCGUUUGGCAAAAGUAAAAAUCCUAACCAAGGGACAACGAGAAAUCGUAUCAGAUUUCUUGGUCGCAUUAACCAAAGAAAUGAUGCCUGCAAUGUUGUUACGAUUGUUGCGAAAAUUAUCAAUCGAUGUUUCAACAAUAUCUGAAUCAACGACAGUCGCUUAUCGUCUGCUAACAUUACAUUUUGAACGUUGCGGCCGUUAUUAUGGUUCCGGUAGUGGUCAAGCACCGUAUGGUUCAGCAUCGGAAGAAGAACGCCGCCUGACUAUGGUUUUGUUUUCAAACAUUUUCGACUCAUUAGCUAAAAUGGAUUAUGAUCCAGAUCUGUUUGGUCAAGCAUUACCAUGUUUGACAGCUAUUGCAAGUGCAUUACCACCUGAUUAUUCAAUGCCAGCCAAUUCAUUGGAGGAUUUAAAUUUUCAUAAACAAAUUGGUGCACGGGAAUUUCCAUAUAUACCUGAACCGGUGGAUAUAUCCCGGAUAAAUUUAUCAGCGGAUCUGAUGAAUUUAGUACAAAAAUUUUCUGAACAUUACCAUGAUGCAUGGGCACAACGUAAAUUCGAUCAUGGUUGGCAAUAUGGUGAACAAUGGUCAUAUAAAAAAUCACAUCCACGUUUGAAACCAUAUCCAAUGCUGAAUGAACGUGAAAAACAAUUAUAUUGUGAACCGAUACGAGAUGCAUUGAAAACGUUGUUAGCAUUAGGCUAUAUUAUUGAUCGAUCAGAUUCCGGUGGUAGUGGAACGUUGACCAGCAAAUCGCAACCAACGACCAUGUCACAUCAAGCAACAUCCAUACAGGAUUAUAAUCCACAACCAGUUGAUAUGACUAAUCUAACGUUGAAUCGUGAAAUGCAAACAAUGGCCGAGCGUUUGGCGGAAAAUGCUCAUGAUAUUUGGGCAAAAAACGUCCGCGAACAAAGUCGAAUGAUGGCUGCCAGUGGUCAAAAUGUUGGCGCCGGCCAAAAUGUUAAUAUAAUUCAUCCACAAAUGGUACCAUAUGAUUUGUUAACCGAUCGAGAGAAGAAAAAAAAUCGUGAACGUUCGCAAGAAUUGCUGAAAUUUCUCCAAUUCGAAGGUUAUAAAGUUCAUAAAAAUAUUGAACGCAAUCGAUUGAAUUCAAUGACAACCGGUUCGCCAGCAGCGGCACCGGAAUCACCCGGUACAACAGCAUCGACAACGCAACAACCGAAUCAAGAAUGUCGUUUUGCAUCAUCUUUGCUGGAAAAAUUACUACAAUACAUGGAUACGGCAUCGAUUAAUCUUCGUUUGUUGAAACCAUCCACUAAUUUCAGCCGUCGUUCAUCAUUUAAACAAUCUUCGGGUGAUGUUAAAUUUUUCAGUAAAGUUGUGCUGCCAUUAACGGAAAAAUAUUUCUCUGCACAAAGAAUAUUCUUCCUGAAUUCAAUUGCAUCGGUUAAUGUUCAAACAGCUGCAACAGUUGCUGCAACAACUGCUACAGCAGGUGUUGCAACUGUUCGUGAAAAAGAAUUGGUUGCAAGUUUAUUCUGUAAACUUGCAUCGUUUGUUCGAUCAAAACUUUCCGUAAUUGGUUCGGAUGUUAAAACCUGUGUUCGAUGUUUGCAGGUUUUAGUCGGUGCUAUCGAUGCCCGUACUAUCGUACGAUAUUCACCGGAUUUUGUCAAAACAUCAAUGCAAACAUUUUUCAAUCAUGCUGCUGAUGAUCUGGCCAAUUGUUUGGUAAAUUUACAACAAGCCAAAUUCCCAUAUAUUCGUGGUACAGCGAUGAAAACCUCAUCAUCAUUGAAUUCAAUUCAAUUAAUGUUAUUACCCGUUCUAACAUCGUUAUUUGAUCAUUUGGCUGCAAAUGAAUUCGGAUCCGAUCUAUUAGUGAAUGAUAUUCAAGUUGCAUGCUAUAAAAUGCUAAAUUCUCUCUAUGUUUUGGGCACAAGACAUCAACAGCUGAAUCUUGGUCGACAAUUUAUUAAAUAUGAAUUGAAUCGUCAUCGAACUGCAAUUGGUAAUUGUUUGGCUGCAUUUGCAUCAACAUUUCCGGUUGCAUUUCUGGAACCGCAUCUGAAUAAACAUAACCGUUACUGUAUUCAUGGCAAAUCGGAAGAACAUUCGCUAGAAGCAUUGGAAGUUUUAUCCGAAUUGGGUGCAUCCAUGCCAACAUUGGAUGAAUUGAUUGGGCAGAUUGAAAAAUUUGUGCAAAAUGGACGUUAUCAACAAGAACCACAUAUAGUCGAUGUUAUCAUACCGAUUGUUUGUGCAUAUCUGCCAUUCUGGUGGUCACAAGGUCCGGAUAAUGUUAAUGUUUCCGGUGAUAAUUACAUAACGAUGGUAACCACUGAACAUUUGAAUGGAAUUUUCAAAACAAUUUUAAAUUUGAUUGGAAAUAAUAUCGGCGUCCGCCAGGCAAAUUGGAUGACAACCAUAGCAAGUCAUGCUGGCCAAAUAAUCAUUAAUUCAUCGGAUACAUUAUUAGUGGAUCCAAUCAUGCCAUUAACGGAAAAAAUUCUUCAACGUGCUGAACAAGCCUAUCAUAAUGAAGAUAUGAUGCGUGGUGGUGGUUUUCUGCUCAAAUCGACAACCACCGAAGAUACAGCCGAUGCUGAAUCCCAAAUUCAGGAAGAAUUUGCCAUAUUGGUUCGUGAUUUAUAUGCAUUUUAUCCAUUGUUGAUAAAAUAUGUUGAUAUCCAACGACAACAUUGGCUCAAACAAAAUAAUCGCAAUGCAGAACGUUUGUUUUACUGUGGUUCAACAGUGUUCAAUAUUUGGCUAAAAUCACAAUUUUUCCGACGAGAAGAACAGAAUUUUAUUGCUUCAAAUGACAUUGAUAAUAUGGCAUUGAUUAUGCCAUCUUCGGGUCGUGGUGGCCGACUAGUUUCGAAUGUUAAAGUGGAUAGUGGUCAAUCGGGAUCAUCAUCAUCACGAAAAGUGAAAAAGAAACGUGAUGGUAAACGUGAUAAAGAUAAGGAAUUGGCAGCAAGUUUGAUUGUUGCAUGUUUGAAACGUUUGCUACCGGUUGGAUUGAAUUUAUUUGCCGGUCGUGAACAAGAACUAGUUCAACAUACAAAGGAAAAAUUUCUGAAGAAAUCGCCCGAAAGUGAUAUAUUUGAAUAUGUUAAAACACAAUUAACAUUACCGGAUAAAAUUGAUCCAAGUGAUGAUAUGUCAUGGCAGCAUUAUUUGUACAGUAAACUGGGAUCCAAAACACAAACCACUCCAUCUACCGGCAGUGGUGAUCUGAUUCCGUUGAACAAAGCAGCAGCCACAAAAGAAUUGCAAAUAACCGGUGACCAAUUGGUUGAUCGAAUUAUUGAAAUGGCUAAAGUUUUGUAUGGUCUUCAUAUGAUUGAUCAUCCAUCCAGUAAAGAAAAAGGUGUAUGGCGUAGUUGUGUUUCAAGUCAAAGAAAACGAGCUGUUAUUGCAUGUUUUCGCAUGACAUCAUUACAUUCUUUACCAAGGCAUCGUGCAAUAAAUAUAUUUUUGAAAACAUAUUCCGAUCAAUGGUUAGAAGUGGAAAAUGUUGGUCAUGAACAGCUAAUAGAAGAUACAACCGAAUCGUUUGAAGAAUUGGAACAAAAAAUUUCCGGCGAAGAAGGAUCCACUUCGGAAAAACAUGAUCCGAUUGCUCAAUUAACAACGGCAUUUUCACGUUCGGCCACUACUGAACAUGGUGGUGCAAUGAAAGAGGAUCGACUUUAUAUGGAUUAUGCGUUUAUUUUUGCACAAAGUUGUGGUGGGUCAGAAGAAAACGAUGAUGACGAUGAAGAAGGUGGUGAUGAUAAUGGUGGUGAAGAAGAUGGUAGUUCUAUUCAUGAACAAGAAAUGGAAAAACAAAAAUUAUUAUUUCAACAGCAACGACUGGAAAAACGUGGUGUUGCCGAAAUGGUCUUGCUUUAUAUUAGUGCAUGUCGUGGACUGCCAAGUCCGAUGGCAUUGAAAACAUUGAAAUUGGGUAUUUCCAUACUGAAAGGUGGCAAUGUUGAUAUUCAAAUGCGAAUGUUGAAACAUUUGAAAGAGAAAAAAGAUGUUGGUUUUUUCAUAUCGAUUGCGGGCCUAAUGAAUUCUUGCUCCGUACUGGAUUUGGAUGCAUUCGAACGAACACAGAAAGCAGAAGGUUUAGGUGUUGGUUCGGAAGGAACGACUGGGGAAAAAAAUAUGCAUGAUGCAGAAUUCACCUGUGCUUUAUUCCGUUUCAUACAGUUAUUAUGUGAAGGUCAUAAUCUGGAAUUUCAAAAUUACCUUAGAACACAAGCCGGUAAUACAACAACGGUUAAUGUUGUUAUUGCCACUGUUGAUUAUCUGCUUCGGCUACAAGAAUCGAUUAUGGAUUUUUAUUGGCAUUAUUCCAGUAAAGAAGUUAUCGAUCAAUCUGGUAUUGAAAAUUUUGGCAAAGCAAUCAAUGUUGCCAAACAAGUGUUCAGUACGUUGACCGAAUCAAUUCAAGGCCCGUGCACAAUGAAUCAACAAGCGCUGGCCCAUUCUCGUUUAUGGGAUGCUGUUGUUGGAUUCAUGUUUUUGUUUGCACAUAUGCAAAAAAAACUUUCACAAAAUUCAUCGCAACUGGAGUUACUGUUGAUGCUGUUAGAUCUGCAAACCGAAAUGGUCAUUCUGAUGUUAUCAAUGUUGGAAGGUAAUGUUAUGAACGGUACGAUUGGUAAACAAAUGGUCGACACACUGGUUGAAUCGGCUGCAAAUGUUGAAAUGAUUUUGAAAUUUUUCGAUAUUUUCUUGAAACUUAAAGAUUUUACAUCGUCUUCAUCGUUUCAGGACUAUGACAAACGAAAUACCGGUUGGAUUCAUGCCAAAGAUUUCCGUAAAGCAUUACAACAGCAAAAAAUUUAUAGUGAUGAAGAUAUUGCAUUUCUAAUGUCAUGUUGUGAACCAAAUCAUGAUGGUUAUCUGGAUUAUCGUGAAUUUACCGAACGUUUUCAUAACCCGGCUAAGGAUAUUGGUUUCAAUUUGGCUGUAUUGUUGACCAAUUUAUCCGAGCAUAUGACUAAUGAUCCACGAUUACAGCGAUUUCUAGAAACAGCAAGUUCAUUACUGAGUUAUUUUGAAAAUUAUCUUGGCCGUAUUGAAAUUAUGGGCAGUUCAAAACGUAUCGAGAGAGUUUAUUUUGAAAUUGCUGAAGAAACCAUCCGACAAUGGGAAAAACCACAGAUUAAAGAAUCGAAACGUGCAUUUUUCUAUUCAAUCGUUACCGAAGGUGGUGAUAAAGAAAAAUUGGAAGCUUUCAUUAAUUUUUGUGAGGAUGCUAUAUUUGAAAUGCAACAUGCUUCCAGUAUUUCCAUGGAAGAAGAUGAUGAACCGAAAAAAGCAGAGGAAUAUCCACAUCCAGGCAGUGAGGAAAAACGAACAUCAUUUUUCGAUCCAAUAAAGAAUGUUUUUGCAAUCGUUUGGUUAAAAAUCUGUGGACUGUUUAGUUAUUUGAAGCCAAGUUUUCUACGAAAACAAUGGCAAUCAUUGUUGGAAAAAACCUGGUUUGAAUUAAUAUAUGGAUCGGUGAAAUUAAUGUUGAAAGGAACCUACCUAAGUUUGUGGUCAAUAUAUUUUGUCAAUAAAAUUGUAUUGAAGAUAAUUCUUGAAUUAAUGCUGGGUAAAUAUGGUCUGGUUGAAGAAGAAGAAGAACCGAUCGAAAAACCACCGACCAUUCAUUAUCAUCAAGCUUCGAUGGUCGUUGAACCACGUAUGGCAUUGAUGAGUGCCAAUGAUCAUCUUAUUAGCAGCAAUACCAUGACGGAUGAACAUCGACAAACAUCCAACCUAGAUAAUCAACAAGCAAUAGACGAAGGAAUCGUCGAAGAUUUAAAAGACGAACCACGAAACGAAUCAAGUGUUCAUCAGGAAACAUCAAUGACGGAUGAUCAUCAUGCUACCACUAUUAUGACAGAAGGUUCCAUACCCGAUUCAGAUCGGUUAAUUGAUCAUUCAGUGGAAUUACCCACCACAUCAACAUCAUCUUCGAAUAAAGCAUCUUCAUCAUCAUCGUCGACCGGUGCAUCCGAUUCAGGAACAUCUGAUUCGGACAGAUCGAAAAAUGUUUUCAAUUUUGGUCAUCUAACAUCCAGAUUUGUUUACGGCUUGGCUCGAAAUCUUUAUACAAUCAAAAAGAUUGCCCUGGCCAUGGCUUUCGUUAUAAAUUUGAUGUUAUUAUUCUAUAAAGUUAGCAGUUAUAUUCCUGAUGAUGAUGCCAUUGCUUCGGCCAUAAGCGGUGAACAAGAUAUCAUCGGAUCAGGUGAACAACAAAGCGGUGAAAGUGGUGGCAGUGGAAGUGGCGAAGAAGAUGAUGUAAUAGAAUUCAUAAAAAUUGAAGAAAGUUGGUAUUAUCUGGAACCGCUGUUGAAAGGAUUGGCAAUGUUACAUUCAUUGUUAUCGUUCUUUAUGCUAAUCGCAUAUUAUAAUCUUAAAGUUCCAUUAAUCAUAUUUAAACGUGAAAAGGAAAUCGCCAGAAAUUUGGAAUUUGAAGGAUUGUAUAUUACCGAACAAGCUGAAGAUAAUUAUCGUGCUUAUUGGGAUAAAUUGGUCAUAUCGACUGGUUCAUUCCCGGUAAACUAUUGGGAUAAAUUUGUUAAAAAACGUGUACUGGCUAAAUAUGCUGAACAAUAUGAUUAUGAUGCUCUGAGUAAAUUGUUGGGAAUAUCGAAAAAUUCGAAUGUGGAUGAAUCCGGACAAAAUGCGGGUAGCGGUUCAGGGUGGAUAUCCUUCAUAACCCAUUGUGAUUGGCAAUAUCAAAUCUGGAAAGUCGGUGUUACAUUUAUGGACAAUGUAUUCCUGUACAAUCUUGGCUAUUUUAUUCUUUCGUUGAUGGGAAAUUUUAGUUACUUUUUUUUCGCCGCUCAUUUGCUCGAUAUAGCCGUUGUAAUUCCAACAUUGAAAACCAUUUUGCAAUCGGUCACACACAAUGGCAAACAAUUAGUGUUGACUGUAAUGUUGUUGAUCAUUGUUGUCUACAUUUAUACGGUUAUUGCAUUCAAUUUUUUCCGUAAAUUCUAUGUGCAAGAAGAAGACGAUCAGGUGGAUAGAAAAUGCCAUAAUAUGCUCACUUGUUUUGUAUUUCACCUGUAUAAAGGUGUUCGUGCUGGUGGUGGCAUCGGUGAUGAAAUUGAACCACCUGAUGGUGAUGAAUAUGAAGUUUAUCGUAUUAUAUUUGAUAUUACAUUCUUCUUUUUUGUUAUCGUUAUUUUAUUGGCCAUUCUACAGGGUCUUAUCAUCGAUGCAUUUGGUGAGUUACGUGACCAACUGCAAUCAGUUUCCGAUGAUAUGGAAUCCAAUUGUUUUAUCUGUGGUAUCGGAAAAGAUUAUUUUGAUUCAGUACCACAUGGUUUCGAUACGCAUGUUGCUAAAGAACAUAACCUGGCGAAUUAUAUGUUCUUUUUGAUGCAUUUGAUUAAUAAACCGGAUACUGAUUAUACAGGCCAGGAAACUUAUGUUUGGGAAUUAUAUCAAAAACGCACAUGGGAUUUUUUCCCUGUUGGUGAAUGUUUCCGAAAACAAGAAGAGGAACUGAGUGCUGCUGGUGGUAAUAAAGAUAAAGAUUAAAUCUUUGUUCAUGUUUAUCUUUCAAUGUUUUAUGAUUGCUUUUUUUUGAUUUUCGAAAUAAAAAUAAAAUAAUUCGAA